CAAACAAAUUAAUAAAAUGAUAGUAUGUAUUAGGCUUACUUUCUUGGACACAUGAAUGCUUUAAAAGCAAUUAAGUCUAGGAAGAAUCAAAAAAUUGAAGAAUCAAAAGUUCUAGUGAAAUUAUGUAAUUUUUGUUAUUUAAUAAAGCAUAAUCUAUGAAACUUUACAAAUAAAGGGUCAAUCAUUUUGAAUAAUUGUAAUAUAAACAAUAAUUGGCCAUUUCAAAUUAAAAAAUUAAACAAACUAUUGAAAGAAUUCAUUAAAGUAGUCCCUCUAUUGAAAAUACAAAUUUUUCUUUACCAAAAUUAAAGAAGAGAAAUUAAGAGGAAGAUGAAAUCAAAAAAGAGAAUGCAAGAAUCAAACUCAAACUUGAGAAUUUAAAGGGAAACCUUAGUAAUAGAUAAUCUAAAUAUGAAAAACCAAAACGAUAUGAAGAUGUUUUAUAGGAAUAUUUUAAAUAAAAAUUAUAACAAUAAUGAACAUCGUAUCUGAGGAAGACUCAUUUAUCACAUUACAUUAUGAAGAAAUCUAUAGAUAAAUAA